CUCCCUGCGCUCCAGAAGACCUGGUGGUCGCAGACGUCAUGGCGGGCCUGACGGAGAGGACCUGACUGAGACCAGUGAGGAAGACUCUGCAGAGGAGACUCUGGAAGACUCCACCCCCUCUCAGACCUCCAUCAACUCUCUAACCAACAUCCUGGAGUUUGAAGGGUACUUGUUGUUCUACAGACAGACACUAGAGAAGUUGGUUUGUAGCGGUGUGCUGAGCCCGGGACAGACUGGUCUGUCUGUAGUAUCUGAAGCUAUCUCAGGCCUGUGGGAUAGCUUCUCUCCAGAGCGCCGGGCAGCCUACCAGACCUGUCCCCCCCAGCAGAGCACCCUAGGCUGGGAAGGGCCGGCAGAGAGACAACCUAAUCCUGGUCCAGACACCCACCUCCACCUCACGCUCCAGCCCUCCACUCAGGCAAACAGCCAGGGAGCCUCUUCUCCUUCUACCUAUGAAGAGGACCUGCUUCAGGAUGCCUAUGAUGUGGUGAAGAAAGAGAUGGACUCCGCUUCAGACGACAGUCCUGUCCUGGCCCCUCCUCAGUGUGGGGACUUUGAGAAGCUCCGGGAGAUCUAUAAGGACAUCAUGUGUUUCGUCAAGACUCAGAUGGUGGAGAAACCAGAACAUAACCAGGACGUGUGUCUGUCUUCUAUGAGGGACUAUGAGGAGAUCUUUCUCCAGUGCUCAGAGUCCUUCGACAGUGAGGACAUGUGAACCACAGGAGGCUGCUGACGGGAGGACGGCUCAUAGAAAUGUCCGGAACGGAGCAAACGGAAGGGCAUCAAACACAUGGAAACCAUGUGUGAUGUAUUUAAUACCAAUCCACUGAUUCAGCUCCAGCCAUUACCCACGAGCCUGUUCUCCCCAACCUCUUAACCAACUUCCUGUUUCUGGGACCAAUCAGAACAGUUAGAAUGUGUUUGAUGUAUUUAAUACCGUUCCACUGAUUCAGCUCCAGUCAUUACCCACAAGCCUGUUCUCCCCAACUUCCUGUCAUGUGAACGAACACCUAUUUGUUGUACAAGUGUUUGUUCAUGGUGAUAUGAAAAGACACAUUGUGUUACUUAUUAUGACUUGUUAAAUGAUCACUUUUUGUGAUUUAUUUUUAUAAAUGUUCAGCUUUUUUUUAUUGUUCCGGGCUUUUCUACCCGUUUGUUAUUAUAGACAUGUUUUAUACGAUGUUUUAUACUCCGACGUUCAUGUUGAUGUUUUAUACGAUGUUUUAUACUCUGGUUAGAGUAACAUGUUUUAUACGAUGUUUUAUACUCUGGUUAGAGUAACAUGUUGAUGUUUUAUACUCUGGUUAGAGGCAUUGUAUUUCAUGUGUAUCAUUGUUCAGCCUUUUUUUAAACCAUUAAGAAUCAGCAUUUUGUCCAGACAGUCUUUCUCUGUGUAUUAAACCCAGCUUCAGAGGUUGAUAGAGAGGGCUGGUGGGGACGCGGAAGAAUUUCCCCCAAAAAUUCUGAAAAUAAAAUU